AUGGAGAAAACUGCUGAUAAAACUGAAAUAAAUGACUUCGAGACUUAUGAUGUAUCUGUUGUAGAUGAUAGUACCAAGUUGAAAAGGAAACUCAAAGAUAGACACCUCUCGUUGAUUGCACUAGCAGGAAUCAUUGGCCCUGGAAUUUUAAUUGGAGCUUCCUUGGCGUUGGAGAAUGGUCCCGCCAGUAUGUUGAUCAGUUUUAUGAUAUUAGGGAUAAUAGCGUUUGCGAUGAUGCAGUCCUUAGGAGAAUUAUCGACGAUGUACCCUACGGGUGGUGCAUUUUCAACCUUAGGUAACAAGCUUGUGGAUCGUGCUUUCGGUGGUACAUUAGGAUGGUACUAUACGAUUAUAUGGAUUGCAGUGUUAGCGAAUGAAUACAAUACCGUUGCUGCCAUAAUGCAAUUCUGGGGUCCUCAAGUUCCCCUUUAUGGAUAUGUUCUAAUAUUUUGGGCUUUUUUCUUGGGUUUUCAAUUUUUAGGAGUUGGGGCAUUCGGGGAAGCCGAGUAUUGGCUAGCGUUAUUCAAGAUAGUCGGAUUGGUUGCAUUCUACAUAUUUUCCAUUGUUUACGUUGCUGGAGGGGUGAAAGGAACCAAGGCUUUCGGUUUUCAUUACUGGAAUGACCCUGGGGCAUUCAAUCAUGGAUUCAAAGGGCUCGCAAAUACUUUCGUGUUUGCCUCUACUUUUUACUCUGGUACUGAGUCCGUAGCAUUGGCCGCAAGUGAAAGUAAAAACCCUUCCAAGGCUCUACCGAAAGCAAUUAGACAGACCUUCUGGAGAAUUUUAUUGGUGUAUUUAGGUGUUGCAAUAAGUUAUGGACUAACUGUACCAUAUAAUGCACCUGAGCUUGAGGCUGGUACAAAAACCUUAAAAUCACCAAUGAGUAUAGCACUAGCACGAGCAGGAUGGUCACAGGGCGCACAUUUGAUUAACACUUUUAUCUUAAUCACUUGCAUAUCUGCAAUUAACAGUUCCAUAUACAUUGGAUCCAGAACGAUAGUCAACCUAGCGGUCGAAGGUUCUGCCCCCAAAAUUCUUAGAAAAGUUAACAGGCAUGGUGUUCCAUAUAAUGCUGUAAUUUUAAUGAACCUUUUUGGAUUAUUAUCGUUGAUGAAUAUAAGCACUGGUGCUGCUGAAGCUUAUAAUUAUAUUGUCAACUUAUCUGGUGUUGCCGUUUUUGUUGUCUGGGGAGCUGUUUGUUUCCUCCAAAUAAGAUUUAGGAAAGCAUUGAAACUUCAAGGGAGAAGUCUCGACGAGUUACCAUAUAGAGCCUUAUGGUUUCCUUGGCUUGCCUGGGUUGGUCUACUUUUGAGUAUAUUUCUUGGCUUGAUUCAAGGAUGGUCCUAUUUUAAGCCCUUCGACGCUGGCAAUUUCGUCGACGCCUACAUUCUUUUGCCAUUCUUCUUUGUACUUUUCUUUUUUUUGAAGCUCGUAAAUAAGACAAAGUGGGUAAACAUACAUGAAGUCGACUUGGACUCUGGAAGGAGAGAAGAUCUUGAUACUAAAUUAACCUUAAGUUCCUCUGGAUGA